AUGAGUGAUAAGAUUCAAGAUGCAAUUAACCUCCGUCGCCUCCGUCUGCAUCUGCAUCUGCAUCUGUCGUCUGUUGUCUUGGUAGGUGAGAGUGAGAUGGCGCUCAAAGACCAAAAGUUCUUACGCUGCUUCUUCUUCGUUAUCGUCUUCUCAAUACAAGUGGUUGCACUCGAUUCUACCGAUGCGAUCCAAGGUUGCGGUGGCUUUGUCGAGGCGAGGUCGUCUUUGAUUAAGUCAAGGAAGCCAACUGAUGCGAAAUUGGAUUAUUCACAUAUCGCGGUUGAGCUGCGAACCUUGGAUGGUUUGGUGAAGGAUAGAACGCAAUGUGCUCCUAAUGGUUACUACUUCAUCCCGGUUUAUGAGAAGGGCUCUUAUGUUAUCAAAGUUAAGGGACCUGAAGGAUGGUCAUGGGACCCAGAUCAGGUUCCCGUGCUUGUCGAUCAUACUGGAUGUAAUAGAAAUGAAGAUAUAAAUUUCCGGUUCACAGGAUUCAGUAUUAGUGGAAAAGUUGUGGGAGCAAUUGGCGGUGAGAGCUGUUCGUCUACCGAUGGUGGUCCAUCAAAUGUAAAUGUUGAGCUUCUGGAUUCCAGUGGGAAUAUUGUAUCGUCCGUUUUGACAUCAGUAGCAGGAAGUUAUUCUUUCACCAACAUAAUUCCAGGACGGUACAACCUACGCACCUCCCAUGCUGAUCUUAAUAUUGAAGUUAAAGGUUCCACAGAGGUUGACUUGGGGUUCGGAAAUAGCCAAGUUGAAGAUGUCUUCUUUGUCUCUGGUUACAAUAUUCGUGGAUUGGUAGUUGCACAAGGAAACCCCAUUUUAGGGGUUCACUUUUACCUGUACUCUGAUGAUGUCAAGGAAGUGCACUGCCCACAGGGUUCUGGUAACCCCUCAGGUCAUAGAACUGCACUUUGCCAUGCCAUAUCUGAUGCUGAUGGAACGUUUAUAUUUAAGUCAAUUCCAUGCGGGGUUUAUGAGCUUGUACCUUAUUAUAAGGGUGAGAAUACAGUUUUUGAUGUUUCCCCUGCCUCUGUCGCUGUGACUGUCCAACAUGGUCAUGCAACAAUAUCUGAAAAGUUUCAGGUCACCGGUUUCUCUGUUGGGGGUCGUGUUGUUGAUACUAAUGGCAAGGGAGUGGAUGGCGUAAAAAUUGUAGUGGAUGGAGUUGACAGGUCUUUCACUGAUAAACAAGGAUAUUAUAAGCUUGAUCAGGUUACAUCUAAGCAGUAUCAGAUCGAAGCUAUAAAGGACCACUACAAGUUUGAAAAACUGGUUAACUUAAUGGUUUUACCAAAUAUGGCAUCAGUUGUUGAUAUCAAAGCAUUGUCUUAUGGUGUUUGUGGCUCAGUGCAGAUAGUUGAUUCUGGUAACAAAGCAAAGGUAGCUCUUACUCAUGGACCACAGAAUGUUAAGCCACAAAUGAAACAGACUGAUGAUAGCGGCUAUUUCUGCUUUGAGGUUACACCUGGCGACUAUCGGUUAUCGGCUAUUGCAGCUACACCUGCAACUACUCCAGAUCUUCUGUUUUUGCCCCCACAUAUUGAUGUCAAUGUCAAUGGUCCAUUGCUGUCACUGAAAUUUUAUCAGGCACAAGUUAAUGUACAUGGCUCAGUGACUUGCAAAGAAAAAUGUGAUUCAUCUGUUUCUGUUGCUCUUGUGAGGUUGGAUGCUAAAAGCCAUGAAGAGAAGCUGACUGUUGGUUUGACUGACCAAAGUAGUGAAUUUUUAUUUGAAAAUGUGCUACCUGGAAAAUAUGCACUUGAGGUGAAUCACCUUUCAGAAGGAGCUAUUAGUGGAGAAGAUAAAUGGUGUUGGGAACAGAGCUCUGUACAUGUCAAUAUUAAGGCAGAAGAUGUUGAAGGGAUUAAUUUUGUUCAGAAAGGUUAUUGGGUUAACUUAGUUUCCACUCAUGAUGUAGACACAUAUCUGCAUCAAUCAGAUGGUUCUCGUGUGAAUCUAAAAAUUAAGAAAGGUCCACAACGCAUAUGCAUUGAACCUCCUGGAGUGCAUGAACUUCACCUUGUAAACUCUUGUAUACUUUUUGGGAGCUCACCUGUGAAAAUUGACACGGCCAACACAUUGCCUAUCUAUCUGAAAGGAGAGAAGUAUCUUGUCAAGGGACAAAUAAGGGUUGAAUUGAGUUCACAAGAUGGUGUUCACCAGUUACCUGAAAAUUUAUUGGUUGAAAUUUUGAACGGUAAGGGAACUUCUAUUGAUGGCAGUUCUGCAAGACUUGUAGUCAAUGGAAACGAGCAAUCAGAUACAGCUAAUUAUGAGUUUGAAGUAUGGGCAAAUCCUGGAGAAAGACUUACAUUUGUACCUCGAGAUAUUCGGAGCAACAAUGAAAAGAAAAUUUUAUUUUAUCCUAGUCAACAUCAGGUCAAAGUGGCAGAAAAUGGGUGCCAAGCUUCAGUUCCUCCAUUUUCUGGGCGACUGGGGUUGUACAUUGAAGGAUCAGUUUCUCCUUCACUUCCAGAUGUUGUUAUUAGAAUCAUAGCCGCUGGAGAUAGUCAAAAUGGUCAAAUCAAGAAAAAUGAAUUAGCUUUUUCAACCACCACGAACACAGACGGCCUGUUUGUUGUGGGACCCCUAUAUGAUGACAUAACUUACCAUAUUGAGGCUUCAAAGCCUGGAUAUCAUGUAAAGGAGAUUGGACCCUAUUCCUUUUCAUGUCAGAAGCUUGGUCAAAUCUCUGUACAUAUACAUUCUAAAGAAGAUGCCAAUGAAUUAUUUCCUUCUGUGUUGUUAUCAUUGAGUGGGGAAGAUGGUUAUAGAAAUAACUCAAUAUCUGCUGCUGGUGGAACUUUUGUUUUUGAUAAUCUGUUUCCAGGGAGCUUUUAUCUUCGUCCGUUGUUAAAGGAGUAUGCUUUCUCACCAUCAGCAGAAGCAGUUGAACUUGGUUCAGGGGAGUCUAGGGAAGUUGUCUUCCAAGCCACAAGGGUUGCUUACAGUGCCAUGGGUAUGGUUACUCUAUUGUCUGGUGAACCAAAAGAAGGCGUUUUAGUUGAGGCCCGAUCGGAGUUAAAAAGUUUUUAUGAAGAGACUGUAACUGAUUCAUCAGGAAGUUAUCGCCUAAGAGGGCUUCACCCCGAUACAACUUACACAAUUAAAGUAGCAAGGAAAAGUGGGUUUGACACCUCUACCAUCGAACGUGCUUCUCCAGAUUCUGUUGUGGUUCAGGUUGGAUAUGAAGAUAUGAGGGGAUUAGACUUUUUAGUAUUUGAGAAGCCAGAUGUGACUUUAGUAACAGGCACCAUUGAUGGAGAGAGAAUGAAGGAGCUUCAUGAAUACCUACGGUUGGAAGUGAAAGGCUUGCCUAAGGGUAAACACCUUCUGCAGCUUCGAUCUUCUCUAUCAUCAAAUACCAUCAAAUUUGAAUCUCAAGUGAUUGAGGUUGAUUUGGAAAAACAUACACAAAUUCACGUGGGUCGCCUCGGAUACAAAGUUGAAGAUGAUAACCAUAAACAGGAAUUGACCCCGGCACCUGUGUAUCCAUUAAUUAUUGGAGUAUCAGUGAUUGCUUUGUUUAUCAGUAUGCCAAGAUUAAAAGACAUGUACCAAACAAAUGUAGCCAUCAUAAAACUUGAGGGUAGAAAGAUAAGAACAAUUAUGUAUUUCUUGUAG